AUGGGUCCACCCAAGCCUAGCGCAUCGAGGGCGAAACCGAAAGCUUCGCACAUCCAGCAGCAGCAGCAGCAACACCAACAACAACAACAGAAGACGCACGCAGAUACAGAAGCGACAGCGAUAGUAGAAAAGAAUGUAGAGAAUGGAAAGAAUGCAAAGUUCCAAACUUAUGGUCAAGUUCAAGAACGUUAUCCACCACCCAGCCAUUCGCCCCCACCGCCAUCUAAAUCCAAAUCUACACCCGCACCCGCACACCCCUCUAAAUCCAAACCCCUACCCCCAUCCCCAUCCAAAUCCAAACCUGCACCCGCACCCGCACCCGCUCCCGCUCCCGCACCCGCACCCAACCCAACAAAACCAACCCCCCAAACCCUAAAACUCACACACAUCCACACCCGCCUCCUCCGCACCCUCGACGCGCUCGACACCCUCCAUACGACAUACACACACGACACCGCCGCGCUCCAGCGCGCAUUGCUUGGCGAGCGGCGGCGGCGCGCGGAGGCUGAACGCAGGGAGAUGGAGGUGCGCGGGGAGGUUGAGGGGAUGAGGGUGGUUGUUGGGGGGUUGGUUGAGAGAGUCGAGCUCGAACACGAUUACAAAAAGUGGCCUGUAGCGCGGAUGCGGCUCUCCGAAUUGGCUGACGAUAUAUCCAUACCCGUCCCCGGUCCACUCUCCUGUGUACCAGUACCAGCGUCGUAUAACACUAAAUCCCACAAUCCAUCGAAGCACCAGCACCACUCCAUACCCAGCACAACCCACCCCUCCCAGCGCACCUCACCACACCACCCCCCCUCCCUCACCCACUCCCACUCCCACAACCAACCACCGCCCACAUCAUCAUACACCCCAUCGCUAACCCAGCACCUCAGCACGCAGCUCGCGCACGAGCGCGCCGCGCAUGCGCGGACGCAGGCGCGGGUGAGGGUGUUGGAGGCCAAGGUUGCGAGGAGGGAGGUUGAGCUUGAGAGGUUGUGUGGUUGGGCUGGGGGUGCGGGUGCGGGUGGGGAUGAAACGGAGCCGGAGGAGGAGGGAGAGGAGGGAGAGGAGGGAGGGGAGGGAGAGGAGGGAGGGGAUGCGGAUGUGGAUGCGGAAGAGGAGAUCAUCGCGAUGCUUGAUGUGACGGUUACGCGCAACCGCAUGCUCGAAGCUGAGAUCCACGAGCUGAGCGAACGGCUGGCAAAAGCCCGCGCGUCCUCUUCCACCACCUCCGCCUCUGGCUCUGGCUCUGCGUCAUCGACAAUCAAAUCAAACACCACCACCCCCUCCUCAAAUUCAACCACCACGCCCACACCCACACCCACGCCCACGCCAACACACGCAUCACCUCUUCCGCCCCGCCGACAUCCGACAUCGCCUUCUCCUGGUUAUCCCGCUUAUCCCUCUUAUCCCGCUUCUCCCCUAUCCCCCGCAUCUCCCGCAUCUCCCGCUCGCCCACCGCACGCGCACGCGCACUCGGAGUGGGAGUUGGAGGAUAAGUAUGAUGGGGAUAGAGAGCCUAUCCCGCGUCCGCGGCCUUUACCGAUGCCGCCUCCCGACCCGAAUCCUAAUCCGCCCACGCAGCAGACGCAGACGCAGACACAGAAACAAAAACCGGCGUCUUCCUAUAUCCACCGCGAAACUAAACCUGAAAAAUCAGAACAAUUGGAACCGUCGUUACACCUCGACGAGCUCGAAGCGGAGAUUGGCGAGCUUGGGCGGCAGGUGGAUAGGUUUCGCGCGGAGAGGGGUGCGUGGGAGGAUGUUGUUUUUCGCGGAGGUGGUGGUGGUGGUGGGCAGGCGAGCGAGGAUGAGUAUGAAGGUCGUGGUAUGGAGCUACGCGUGGAUGGACAAGGAGGAGGAGGAGGAGGAGGAGGGGGAGAGGAAAGGACGGUGGAGGAUUUGAGGAUGAGGGUGGAGGUGCUGGAAAGGGUUUGUGCGCGACUGCGAAAGGAAGUGGAAGAUAUGCGAUUAUAUCGGUACGCGCGGGAUAUUUCGUCUCCACGCGCACGCCAGCGCGAGCGCGAAAGCGGCGCCUCAAGGUCAAGGUCAAGGUCGAGGACAAAUCCAAGUCCAAGUCCAAAUCCAAAUCCAAAUCCAACUUCGAAAGCACCACCAGCACAACAGCAUAUACCAUCCAAUACCGAGCAUCAGCGCGCACACGAGGUUCAACCUCGCCACCCCGAGACGCAAGUGGAACUUGAACCUCUGCCUGCAUCGUCGACGACGACGACGGCAGUGGUGGUUGGAACGAACGAGAAUUUACCUGCGCCGUCGCAAUCAUCCGCAAAUCUUCCCUCACAUCCACAUCCACAUCCACAUCCACAUCCACAUCCACAUCCACAUCCACAUCCACAUCCACCUCGAUCCGCACCUUUACCGACACCCCUGCCCGGACUGCCACUGCCGUCCAAGCGCGCGCGUGGCUCGUCCCACUACCACUACCACUCACCACCACCCCCACCCCCACCCCCUCCUGCGACGGAAAACGCGGAUGCAAACUCAGAUAGAAACGAGCGCGAGCAUGCAUACGCGCACACGAACGUAAAUGCGAAUGCGAAUACCGAUGCGAAUACCGAUGCGAGCUUGUUCGGCAGUACGUCCGACAUGGUCCUCUCCACCCCAUUCGAAGGCGGUGUCGUGCUCGCGGCGUUACCACCUUGUUCUCCUCCUCCUCCGUCACCUCUUUCACCUCCUUCAUCUUCACCUCCACUGCGAAUUUGUGCUGUUGUUCCUCCGCCACCCUCAUCUUCAUCUUUAUUACCUCUUCCUCAUGCACCACAUUCCCCAAUAACAACGCCUCAAGCUCUACCUCUACAUCCGGCACCCGGUCCUUUGUCUUCCGCGUGGACGUGGACGUGGACGCCAACUCCCUCCCUCCCCCUUCACCCCCUUCACCCUCCUGCUGCUCCUCCUCCUGCUGCUUCUCCCGCGCAGCCGCCCAUUUCCCCAGCUACACUCCCCCCUCUCACAUCUUCCUCUGCGAUUUUGGCGCUUGAUAGUGUUGUCCCGGCUCUGGAUUAUGGCGCUUCGGAUGUACCUGUACAUGUACCUGCGCCAGCGCCUAUUUUUGAGGCUUCGGUGCCUGUGCCUGUGUUUGAGGCUUCGGUGCCAGCGCCUAUGCCUGUCCCCGUGCCUUCGGCUGUGGCUACGGCUGCGGCUGUGUUCGAGGCUCUGGCGCCUGUGCCUAUCUCUGAUGUGUUGGAUGGCGGUGCAGCUGGAGCUCGAAGUGGUGUUGAAUAUUUGGAGAGGGGUGGGAAUGGAUAUGGUCAAGGAGAUGGCGAAGGAGAAAUCAAAAGAGAAAUCAAAAGAGUCAGAGAGGGCAAAGGCGAAAAUGAAAACGAAGGUGAAAACGGUGGGGGCAACGACGAAGACGAAGGCGAAAACGAAGGUGAAGGCGAAACGUCAAUGGAACUCGCGACGCCGCUUAUGCCCACGAGCAUGCUCGUAUCUGCAUCGGUAUCUUCGACGCCGCCCCCGCCCCCGUCCCCGCCGUCUGUGGGUAUGGGUAUGGGUGUUAGUGUUGUCGACAGGCAAGGUGAAUGGGUAAGUGGAAGUGGAAGUGGAAGGGACACGGGGGGACGAGAUCGGAAAGCGCAUGAGAAUGAGAAUGAGGAUCAGCAUGGGGAUGAUGGUGAGAGCGAAGAUGAGGCGGACAAGAUCUGGAAUUGGGCGGUGGACGUUGGGAAGCAGCAGCACCAGCAGCAGCGGCAGGAUCAGCAUGCAUUCACGUUUAACGAGCACAGCCACGGGUACCCGCACCUACACACUUACCAAGAAGACGGCGACGGCGACGGUGAUGGUGAUGGUGAUGGCCACGGUAAAUGUGCGGACGAACGUGGAGAGGGAGAGUACGAGCGGCGUAUCCAGAACCAGGGCGAGAGCGAAAGUGAAAGUGAAAAUGAAAGUGAAAAUGAGAACGAGAGCGAGAGCGACGUCCCGCGCGACGUGACGCUGCGCUCGCCAUUAUCGAUGCCGUCGCCUGUGCUACUCCUCUUUGAGCAGCGCGAGUUGCAAGGAGAAGGCGAGGCUGGUGGUGUGGGUAGUGUGGUACCGAGGAUGAGUCCGGACCCCGUCCCGCCUUCAUCUGUCCCGGAAUCCGCCCCGAUACCUGCGUUACAACCUAAAAAUGCGAAUCAGAGUGGGAGUGUCCCGCUAAUAACGCUCGCUGCGUCCCCCUUCGUCGUCCCGGCAAAUCCCACAGUAGGACCAGGACCAGGACCAACAACAUCGCAUGUCCAACCAUCUUCGUCGGCGUUCACCUUUGAGCCCGUCUCAUCCACAUCCACAUCCACGUCAACAUCCACAUCCUCUUCGAAUCCAUUCCCAUUCCCGGCGCCAUCGGCGCGUGGAACGGGGAUACCGCACUCGCCUCUAUCGCCUACACCGUCAAGUUCGAGGGUGUCCAUCGCUCACAGGAUACACGCACAGGCACAGGCACAUGCGCGGGGUGGAUCUGUGGGACAACGCGCGUGUGCGUCUUCAAGGUCUCGGUCUGGGUCGAGGUCGAGAUCCGCACUCCAGACGCAAUCACACACGCCAGCGCGUACACCAGCACGCACACCGGCGCGUACACCAGCACGUACACCAGCACGCACACCGCCCCCCGCGUCCGCGCGCGCAGCCGCCGCGCAGAGCGGGAGCACGCUGCCGUCGCCUAGUAUCCUCCACCUCGAUCUCCCGCUCGACCUCGACUUUGAUGUAGAUGUAGAUCGUGACCUCGCCCUCGACCGUAACCGCGACCCCCUCAUCGGUGAUCUUUCUCGUCACCGUAUGCACAUGCGCGAUAGCUUGACGGAUAGCACUGGUACGGACCGGAGCGUCGAUGCAGAGAUGGAGGUGGAGAUGGAUAGUGGAAGAGAGUCGUUCGAGGCUGCGUAUGAAGCUGAAGCUGCAGUUGAGGGUGGUGCACUAGUUAGCGCGCAAGUGGAUUCCGAAGCGGAUGCGGAAACGGAUGCGGAUGCGGAUGCGGAGAGGGAGAGGGAGAGGCAACGCGCGGUAUACGCCGAGCUUGCACUUGCGCGGUCCACCUAA